CGGGCAGGUGGCCGAUUGAUGCAUUGGGGGCGACGCGGCGAGGAGGAUGAUGAUGAUGGACAUGGGCAUGUACGGAACUUACGCGGGCAAGCCUGACUCGUAUCCCAACUACGUUUGCGCGGGUCAAGGGAGUCAUCACCACCAUCAUCAUCACCACCACCACCACCACCAGUCCCCCCCCGUAGGGGGGGGAGGAGGGCACGUGUCGUCGGUCCCGGCCUCGCCCGAGCUGGCCCCGACCCACUACUUCCCCCAAUCCGCCGUCUCCCCUUACUCCUCCUCCUCGACCGAGAGUUUCCUCGCUGAAUCGGGCACGCCGCCUUCCUCCUCCUCCUCCUCCGCCCAGCAAACCUUCUACUCUUCCCCGUCGGUGUUGCACGGGGGGGAGGACGGCUCGUCCGCAACGGCGAUCAUCUCGUCCGAGAAUGGGCUGAGUUACACGAAUCUGGACUACACGACCGCCGCCCCGCCGCCCUCCUCCUCCUCCUCGUCCUCGUACGGAUCCGUCGAUCCUCACCAGGCCUACCACCACCAUCAUCAUCAUCACGGUGUGCAGCAGGCGUACAGGGACGAGCAGCAUCAUCACAAUCAUCAUCAAUCGUCGUCGGGGGGGCUUCACCAGGGGGCCUCGAUGAUGACCCACCCCGCGAGGACGGCCCACGAGCAGCACCACCAGUUGCACCACCACCACCACCACCACCACCAGCACCAGUCAUCUUCUAGUCAUCACCACCACGAGGAGCAUUAUCAGCAGCUUCCAGCCGCGAGUUCCAAUUAUCUUCACCAGAUACCGGCCGCGUCGGAGGACUCGUUGCACUAUCAGAUAGCACGUCAGGCCGAUUACGUUGGGGGUGUCCAUUACAAGGAGGAGAAUCCGUCGGAUCCCUCCACGUGUUAUCACGCGCUCCAACAGGCGGCCCAACAUCCCCACCAACAGCAGCAGCAGCAUCAGCAGCAGCAUCAUCAUCAGCAGCAGCAGCAUCCGCAGCAGCAACCGCACGUACCCACGUACAAGUGGAUGCAAGUGAAGAGGAACGUGCCCAAGCCAGUUGCAGCAAAGACAAAUCCAAAUGUUGGAGAAUAUGGCGGCAGCACUGGUGGGAACGCGUCUCCGUACGCCACUACGGCGAACGGUCCAGUGAAUUGUCUUACCGGUGGACCUAUGGCCGGUAUUGCAGGUAGCUUCAACAAUACCGGCCGAACCAACUUCACGAACAAGCAACUUACAGAACUCGAAAAAGAAUUCCAUUUCAACAAGUACCUGACUAGAGCGAGACGUAUUGAAAUCGCGUCAGCGUUGCAACUAAACGAAACACAAGUGAAAAUUUGGUUCCAAAACAGAAGGAUGAAACAAAAGAAGAGAAUGAAGGAAGGUUUAAUACCAGCUGAGAGUACGACUAUAAGCUCACUCAGUGGCGCCAGAAGUUCAAGUAAUUCGCCAACUAGUUCUUCGAGUCAUGAAACCAGUGGACUCGGUUUAUCUAGUUUUACAAGCGAUAACAGUCGGGAAUCACCACCCUCUUCCUCAAAAGAUUGACGCGUUCCUUGCUGCAGCAACGAACGUCUAUAUGACCUACGACUUAACGAUGAUUGGUGAAAACUAAAAGAAUAAAAAAUGUUAUUUUAAAUCACGUGACUUGAAUUUACAUUGACUUGAAUUUUCUUGCUGCAGCAGCAAUUAUAGUA